UAUCCCAUACUUGCAAUUUGCAAACAAAUGCUGCAUACGCAAGCGUGGCUUCAUAAUUCCACGUUCUCUUUGGUCUUCCCUAACUAAAAAUAUUGUAACUCAGAUUCAGAUUCCCCUUUUAUUCCUCUUCUUCUUCUUCUUCUUUUGAGCUUUGCAGAACGUUGUAAUUUUUCCUUCAAAAAUGGCAAAUCUGAGGAUGACCCAGAUAAGAACUGGGAAUUAUGCAUCUGGGUUUGGCUUGAAUUGUCCUAGGAAGGUUCAUGCUUGUCCCAGCAGAGUUGGGUUUAAGGUUUUUGCUUCUGGGACUCAGGUUUCAGAGCCUGAUCUUAGUGUUACUGUUAAUGGAUUGCAUAUGCCCAACCCCUUUGUUAUUGGGUCUGGUCCACCUGGGACCAAUUAUACAGUCAUGAAGAGAGCCUUUGAUGAAGGGUGGGGUGCUGUGAUUGCUAAAACUGUAUCACUUGAUGCAGCAAAAGUUAUAAAUGUAACACCUCGAUAUGCCCGACUACGGGCAGGUGCAAAUGGCUCUGCCAAAGGAGAAAUUAUUGGGUGGGAGAACAUAGAACUUAUCAGUGAUCGACCACUUGAAAUCAUGUUGAAAGAAUUCAAGCAAUUAAAAGAAGAGUACCCGGAUAGAAUUCUCAUUGCUUCAAUCAUGGAGGAAUACAAUAAAGCUGCUUGGGAGGAGCUUAUUGAUCGAGUUGAGCAAACUGGAGCUGAUGCAAUCGAAAUAAAUUUCUCCUGUCCACAUGGUAUGCCAGAACGCAAAAUGGGUGCCGCUGUUGGGCAAGAUUGUGCUCUUUUGGAAGAGGUGUGUGGUUGGAUAAAUGCGAAAGCGACAGUUCCUGUUUGGGCUAAGAUGACGCCCAACAUUACUGAUAUUUCACAGCCAGCAAGGGUUGCUCUAAGUUCAGGAUGUGAGGGAGUCUCUGCUAUAAAUACAAUCAUGAGUGUCAUGGGAAUCAAUCUCAGUACAUUACGUCCCGAGCCUUGUGUAGAGGGAUACUCAACUCCCGGGGGUUAUUCUGCAAGAGCAGUCCAUCCCAUAGCACUUGGGAAGGUCAUGAGUAUUGCAAAAAUGAUGAAGUCAGAGUUUGAUAGUUUGGACUAUUCACUUUCUGCCAUUGGUGGUGUUGAGACAGGUGGUGAUGCUGCUGAGUUUAUUCUUCUUGGGGCAAAUACUGUUCAGGUGUGCACUGGUGUUAUGAUGCAUGGCUAUGGUGUAGUGAAGAAACUAUGUCUCGAGCUUAAAGACUUCAUGAAAAGGCACAAUUUCACAACAAUAGAAGAUUUCAGAGGGGUCUCUCUUCAGUAUUUUACUACUCACACUGACUUGGUGCAAAGGCAGAAGGAAGCAAUUCGGCAGAGGAAAGCCAUAAAGAAAGGCUUGAAUUCUGAUAAGGACUGGACAGGAGAUGGUUUUGUGAAAGAAAGUGAAAGCAUGGUUUCUAACUAAAAUGUGCAAUCAAUUUAAGCAACAUUUCUUGUGUUAUUAUAUAUAGUUCAUGCAAAUGGAGGGUGAAUGAAAUUAUCCUUUAUUAUAGAUAAUUGAGAUUAUCUUUCUAAGAACAGUAUGAUGUUUUUUAUGUCAAGAAAUAAUGAUUAGUGUACUUAGUAAAAUUCUGGGAAGACUACCAUCAACCUCAACUUUCAUAGCAUUUUUGGGGCCAACACAC